GACAUUUCAGCGUCAAACAAGCUCUGGUCAGACAAGUUGGUAUGAACACAAACAAACAUGUAAAACCAACUUCAACUCAAACAUGAUUUGUUGAAGAAGCUAAGCUGAGGAAAUUUCACAUUAAAAUGAAAUUGCUUGCUAAGUUUCUCAGGGUUUCACCAAUUAAAGAUCUUUGCUGUUUCUUUUUGAGGUCUUUUAUUCUUCUGCAGCAGGACUUAAAUUUUAUGGUGUAACAUUGAAAGCUGAACAAGUUGAAGGACAAAACCAUGUCUUUAAUUAGUUCUGCUGAGCCAUCUGCCACAUCAUAUAGAAAGUUAUACUUGCUGAAGGGAAGCAGUGGCAACAAUGCCUUGUCUGCACCAGAAUUCAGUCCUGAUAAUCAUAAGAUGAUGCACACAACAGAUUCUUAUUGUGGUGAGAGUUAUGAGAAGUACAUCCUUGACUCCCCAACAGAAGAACUAACUCAUCCAUCAAGUUCGGCUGUGUCAGAUUGCUUGGACAGCCAAAGCCCAGUUCCAGUAGAACAUGAUGAGGACACAUUGAGAUUAAAGCUUGAAGAACUGGAGAGAGCACUACUUGACGAUAAUGAAAUGUUUGCUGCUGAUCAAAGCAUGGAAAUUGAUGGUGAAUGGUCUGACCCCAUCCAGAAUGUGCCCUUCCACAACUCACCAAAGGAGUCUUCAUCCACAGAUUCUAACCUUAGCAGCAUCAGCACCAGCAAAGAAGUAUCACAAAUGUCUCCUCGGACACCCAAACAGCUGCUUAUAGAUUGUGCUGCUACACUUUCGGAAGGAAACAUUGAGGAAGCAACAGCCAUGAUAAAUGAGCUCCGGCAGAUGGUCUCAAUUCAAGGAGAUCCUCCUCAGAGAAUCGCAGCCUACAUGGUGGAAGGUCUUGCAGCUCGCAUGGCUGCUUCUGGCAAGUUUCUCUAUAAAGCUCUAAAAUGCAAAGAGCCCCCUUCUUCUGACAGGCUUGCAGCCAUGCAAAUCCUCUUUGAGGUGUGCCCUUGUUUUAAAUUUGGAUUUAUGGCUGCAAAUGGUGCGAUAAUUGAGGCCUUUAAAGAUGAAAAGAGAGUUCAUAUAAUAGAUUUUGACAUUAAUCAAGGUAGCCAAUACAUAACAUUGAUACAAUCUAUUGCUUCUUGGCCUGGUAAGCGACCCCUUUUGAGAUUAACUGGGGUUGAUGACCCAGAAUCAGUUCAACGUUCUAUUGGGGGCCUUCAAAUUAUUGGACUAAGACUCGAGAAGCUAGCAGAAGCAUUGGGAGUACCAUUCAAGUUUCAUGCAGUGCCCUCAAAGACUUCACUAGUCACUCCAUCAGGGCUUGGCUGUAUGCCUGGUGAAGCACUUGUAGUAAACUUUGCUUUUCAGCUUCACCACAUGCCUGAUGAGAGCGUUUCAACGGUAAAUCAGCGUGACCAGCUUCUCCAGAUGGUCAAGAGCUUGAACCCGAAACUUGUAACUGUUGUUGAACAAGAUGUAAAUACAAACACUGCCCCCUUUUUCCCAAGGUUUUUGGAAGCCUACAACUACUACUCUGCUGUGUUCGAGUCUCUUGAUGCAACUCUCCCAAGGGAGAGUCAGGAUAGGAUGAAUGUUGAACGACAAUGCCUGGCACGCGAUAUAGUAAACAUUGUAGCCUGCGAGGGAGAGGAGCGAAUAGAGCGGUAUGAGGUUGCUGGGAAAUGGAGAGCAAGGAUGACAAUGGCUGGCUUUACUUCAUGCCCAAUGAGUCCAAAUGUGAUGGAAAUGAUUCAGAAUCUAAUAAAGCAAUACUGCAACAGGUACAAGGUGAAGGAGGAAAUGGAUCUGCUUCAUUUCGGGUGGGAAGACAAAAGCUUGAUUGUUGCUUCUGCUUGGAGGUAACAAACACAUGCUGGUUUAAUAGUAUUGUUGCUGCAUUUGGCAAAACGAUAUGCUGUUUGGUAGUUGUACCUAUAAAUUUUGUGUGAUAAACAACUUUUUUAAUGUUAUCUAGUGUAAAAUCUUAAGGAUGAUUAGAGUUUGCUAAUUAUCUAACUUCAUGUUAUUCA